AGACAUAUUCGCCUGUAAUAUGGCCCCGCCUAGGGAUCAACAGUCUAAUAGGAGGGCGGUAAGGCUGAGUGGUCGGACAUCCGAGGAAGGUAGCAGUCGAAGCCCUACUAGUAAGCGAUCUAGGGAGGAAGAUAAAGAUGAGGACCAACAUACAUCCACACGAUCACGCCGACACCAGUCUGGUGAUAGUCGGAUAGGAGUUACUCUUACACCUGCUGCUACUCCAUCUCUACUCGGGCAGGACAGGAAAAGGCGCACAUCAUCAUCAUCCUCACGUGAGGCCAUAAGCAAUGAGGAAUACGAUGAUGGUAGUGGUGAUAGCCGACGCCACAUCCGACCACGUCGGGCUGUUUUGAAGGAUAGUCAGGAGGAAGAUAGGGACCGAGAGGAGGAGGGUCCGAGGGAUGGCCAGUCUUGGUAUAAGCAAGGAAGUGGAGAUGAUAAGGGAGACAGGGAAGGUGAUAAACGGCCAAAGCAUAGUGGGGGUAUUCAUGCUAGCUACGAAGCUCAUAUAGAUCAUCGUGGUAGCCAUGGUGAUGGUCAACGUAUUGAGGAAGAGAGCCGUAGGGGUCGGAGGCAGAGAGAUCGAUCUCGUCAUCCUAGUAGAGAGGGUUCUCGAUGGUAUGAUGAUCGCGAUGCUGCUGAGUCUCCUAGACGAGCCCGGAGCCGUGAUGGUCGGAGAGACGACUUGGACGCCAGCACUGCUCAUAGUCAUCGUUAUCACCGUUCACGGGGUCGUGAGGAUCCUAAUGACGAUGAUGGUGAGGAGUGGUAUGCAACUGGCAAGAGCAGGGUUAUCACUAUCGCUACUCCCUGGCUUAUAUCCCACUACUGUGCUCAGGUCGGGGUAAAGGAGGGUCGUCUACGGGUAUGGGUUGGGUCUCUACCUAAUGCUAUCUCUGAUGAUGAGUUCUAUGAUAUCAUGUCUCGUUACGGUGAGGUAGAAGGUAUGAAGCUUGUAGCAUUGAAAGGCUUUGCAUACGUGAAAUAUCGGGAUGAGGAAUCUGCUGAUGCCGCAGUGAAGAUACUCAAUGGUGAGGUCUUGGAUAUUGCUGGGGAUAAAUCUGAGCAUGUCGGAUUGAAGACCAAAGUAGACUAUGUCGAGGAUAUGGAAUAUCUCCAUCAUCCGUAUAAGCCAUCGAUGGAUAAGAAGCCUGAUAUAGUGCAUACUCUAUUCGUGGGCAAUCUACCUGUUGAAGUCACUGAGCAGGAUAUACGGCAGUUCUUCGAGCGUGACCCGAGUAUCAGCAUCGAGCAGGUUGCCUUACGUAGAGGGUCAUACAAGCAGAUGUGUUAUGCCCAUAUUAGGUUUGCGGGAGAUGAUGAUGCUGAAAAGGUUGUUGCUGAGUUUGCUGGUGACAAGAUAAUAGGUCGCAAUAGGGUGAGACUAGACUGGGCUCAGGAUAAGCAUAUGCAAGUCAAGAAGAACGAGUAUCUACGUGGAGCAACCCCACGUAUAUACAUUGGUAACCUACAUGAUGGUAUGUCUGAGGAUGCUAUUAGGGAUGCUUUACAGGAGGCAUUCGGUACAGUAGUAGCCAUGAAACUACAUAGAGAUAGGAAUGGAGCUCUAGCUUAUGGUUAUGUUACAUUUGAAGACAAUCAUACGGCAGAGAGAGCUGUGGAUGAGAUUCCUAACAUACGAAUAGCUAAUUCCUCGAUACGGGCUGAUUUUGCUAAACUGUUGGAGCCGAGAAGAACUCCCCCUCCUCCUGCUGCAGGAGCUAGGCCUAAUAUGGUAGGGCAGCAACCACAGUUAUUGGGAGGUGGUUAUGGCCAACAGCAGGGAGGGGAGUUCGAUCCAUCAGUGGCCAGUAUGUACGCAGCUGGUGGCCAACCACCACCACCUCCCCCACCUCCAUUUGAGGGUGACAAUGCUUACGCGCCCCUCAACAAGAGUGCCAAUAGGCAGGAGCGACGAUAUGGGUCCACUACCGGCUCAGAUAGGAGCCCGUCGAUUGAGCGGGAUACUAAUGUAUCAUGGACUGUACCUGAAGAGUUUUUGGAGGCCCAUGAUGAAGACCACCCUUACUGCUCGGACUCAGACUACUACUAUGGUACUCCAUACAUAAAGGAUACCACUCCUCGUCCACUUCCUUCUCCUGCUACACUAACCAACGAGAGGAGUAGGAGAAGGAGGACAGAGGAGAGGUCUCCAGGACGACACCAUUAAAGCAGAUCAUCAUGUAUCUACUACUCCCCUUACCAUACCGUCCCCACUGUAUCCUUCACCCUCGUUCGGAGUAUAUCGUA